AUGGUGGCGGCGUUGAGUGGGCCCGACCUGGCGCGGAGUGAUAAAUCACCACGAUCCGUCACAUCGAAAUGGAGUGAACCCGCGGCGGCCUAUUAUCGUUUAGUUCGUAACGGCUAUUCUUGCGUCCCAGUUGCUCUCUCUGAAGGUCUGGACAUCAAGCUCAAUACCGCUGUCAAGCAAAUCCGGUACACUAACAAAGGUGUUGAAGUUAUCACUGCCAAUGCCAGAAACAAUUCCAAUCAAAUGACCUACAAAGGUGAUGUUGUGCUUUGUACUCUUCCAUUGGGUGUCCUCAAACAGUCUGUCUCUCCCAGUACCCAGACGGCACCCAACACAGUCCAGUUCUGCCCACCUCUGCCUGACUGGAAACAGUCUGCUAUCCAAAGAUUGGGCUUUGGCAAUUUAAACAAAGUCGUCCUUUGCUUUGAGAAACAGUUUUGGGACCCUGCUUCAAACUUGUUUGGCCAUGUUGGUAGCACAACUGCAAGUAGAGGAGAACUUUUCUUGUUCUGGAACAUUUACAAGUCGCCAGUACUUCUAGCUCUGGUUGCCGGGGAAGCUGCAGCCAUCAUGGAAAACGUGAGUGACGAUGUCAUCGUUGGCCGAUGCCUUGCUGUGUUGAAGGGAAUCUUCGGCUCUAAUAAUGUACCUCAGCCGAAGGAGACCGUCGUCACUAGGUGGAGGGUCGAUCCCUGGGCCAGAGGAUCCUACUCUUUUGUCGCGGUCGGCGCAUCUGGCAGCGAUUACGACGUGCUAGCGGCUCCUGUAUUCCCCGUUCCACCGAUUCCAGGACAACAAGUAUUGCCCAGGCUCUUCUUUGCAGGUGAGCACACCAUCCGGAACUACCCGGCUACUGUUCACGGAGCCUUCCUCUCCGGGUUGCGGGAGGGCGGUCGAAUCUCGGACCAGUUCCUCGGCGUCCCCUACGGCCCGGAAACAGCUCCGCCUCCAGUGCCUCAGUAGUGGAGUACAUUUUUUGACUGGAAUCUCAGACUAUUCUGAUUUGCAAGGCGUUCGAACGUUCUGACAGUCCAUAAUGUAUCUUUUCUAAUUAUCUUAUGCAUUCAAUAUUCUAAACACUAACAUAAUUGUUACAUAUUUCCUUUUUUUAAAUUUUUGUUGUUAUGUAUGAAUUAUGAAUUAGCCUUUAAUUAUAUUUGAAUAUUUUAAAACGAUUAAAAUAAUAUUAUUCUAUGAUCAAGUACUUUAAACAUUGAUGUACGUUUAAUUCUUCAUUCAUGAACAUGAAUUGUUUUAUAUUAUACCUCUUUUGUUGACUUUAUAUUAGAACUGAUUAGAGUUGUUAUGAAACUUUUAUAAUCUACCCUUGUUUUUCGCAUGUUUUACUCUUACUUUUAUUAUCUUGUUUUUAUUGACUGUCAGCAUUGUAUGAACUGAGCCAAGAUGUGUACUUCCUAAAGGAAUAGGUGUACCUUUGAUUAAUUUUAAUAAACCGAUUUUGUUUAAAAUGAGAUA